GGAGCGGAUGUUUAUCCUGCUGCACAGCAGAUGCUUAUUCAUCAGGGCAAGGUCCUCAAAGAUAACACAACCCUGGAUGAGAAUAAGGUGGCGGAAAAUAGUUUCAUUGUAGUCAUGUUAACCAAGACUAAGAGCUCAACUGGUGAGGGUUCAACUACUUCAACUGCUCCUACAAGUAAGGUAAUUUCUCUUAUUUGCAUUAAAGCAGCGAUUGCUUUGGCCACUGGUCAAUCAGUUCCUGCCGCUAUGCUUUUGGAUCAGUUGCUGCUACUUCUCUGUUUGAUUCGGGAAACUGGAUCCUAGGCUCUUGCGUGUUUAAUUGUGCACCAUUCUAGGUCUAGAGUUAAUUUCUAUGGUGUCCAAUUGUGUGCACUUUUGAGAUGAUUUAUUUGGAUUAUCUCAAAAGAAUCUAAUAUCAUGUUUGGUUCGCGGAAUCAAAUACAGUUGGAAUGAAUUAACUUGCUACCAGGAAUGGAAUGAUGCUGCAAUGGAAUU